AUGGAGGCGCGCGCGGGCGAGCUCGGCCUCGGCCUGCCGUCGUGGGCGCGGGGGAGCUCCGCCUCGGUCGCCGCGGGCGCGGGGGAGCUCCGCCCCGGCCGCCGCGGGUGCGCGCGGGCGAGCUCCGCCCCGGCCAGCCGCGGGCGUGGGCGAGCUCCGUCAGGGGCGCGCGCGGAGAAGAGAGAUGAGGUCGAGUUUGAGAGAGAGGAUAGGGAUGAGAGGAGUAUUAUGGACUUUUUGACUGACCUGACCCACUUAUCAGGACUCACAAAUGGGUGUUAUAAGGUGCUUGCACAAACUGCCAAGAUGGAUAAGCUCAGUGGUUCUGCACGUCUUAUGAUUGUUUCAGAUCUUGACCAUACAAUGGUUGAUCAUCAUGAUGAGGAGAACUUGUCCUUGCUUAGGUUUAGUGCCCUGUGGGAAUCUGUUUACUGCGAGGAUUCUCUACUUGUCUUCUCAACUGGAAGAUCACCAACUCUUUACAAAGAAUUGAGGAAAGAGAAGCCUAUGCUAACGCCAGACAUCACUAUCAUGUCUGUUGGCACUGAGAUAACAUAUGGGGAGGCAAUGGUUCCUGAUGAUGGCUGGGAAGAAUAUCUGAACAAUAAGUGGGACAGAAAUAUUGUCGUAGAAGAAACUGCGAGCUUUUCUGAGCUGAAGCUUCAGCCAGAGACAGAACAGCGCCCGCACAAGGUCAGCUUUUUUGUUGACAAGAAGAGUGCCCAGGAAGUGAUAAAAUCUGUUGCCGAGAGGUUGGACAAACGUGGGCUAGAUGCCAAAAUAAUAUAUAGUGGUGGCCAGGACCUUGAUAUAUUACCUCAAGGAGCUGGAAAGGGCCAAGCACUUGCAUAUUUGCUUAAAAAGCUAAGCUCAUGUGGAAAACCGCCCAACAAUACUCUUGUUUGUGGUGACUCUGGUAAUGAUGCAGAAUUAUUCAGCAUCCCUGGUGUACAUGGUGUCAUGGUCAGCAAUGCCCAAGAGGAACUACUUCAGUGGUACACAGCGAACGCGAAGGAUAACCUGAAGAUAAUUCAUGCAAAUGAGAGAUGCGCAGCUGGUAUUAUACAAGCUAUUGGACACUUCAAGCUAGGACCUAACAUUUCUCCUAGAGACGUGGAGUCCCCUUAUGCAAAGGAAGCCUCUUUCAAACCUACAGAUGCUGUAGUAAAGUUCUACGUUCUCUAUGAGAAGUGGCGCAGGGCUGAGGUUCCAAAGUCUGAUUCAGUUAUAAAGUACUUCAAAAACAUCACUCAUACAAAUGGAGUUAUCAUCCAUCCUGCUGGGCUUGAACUCUCACUCCAUGCAUCCAUUGAUGCAUUGGGAUCAUGUUAUGGUGACAAACAAGGGAAAAAGUACCGAGCAUGGGUGGACAGACUUUUUAUCACACAGACUGGUUCAGAUAGUUGGGUGGUGAGAUUUGACUUGUGGGAAUCAGAAGAUUAUGCCAUAUGCUGCUGGCUACAACUUGUAGAAUAUCAUCAUGACCAUUUUACAAGAGAAACUCUUAAUAUGUGA